AUGGGAAAAGACAAGCAAAACACAGAAGAAUCGGAUCUCGACAUGGCAAAGAUCAAGUACGUCAGACCCAGCAAAAGCCAGGAGAAAAAGGCAGCAGCACCAGUUGUACCAGACCCUGAACCAGAACCAGAACCAGACACAAGCCCAAUGUCAGACGUACCCUUAGACUUAGAGUUGAACGACGACGAUUUCGGUUUUGACAAUGAAGAGGAUAAGGCGGACGAGCAGGACAACGAGGCAAUGGUCGGAGAGGGGGACGGUGUUGAAGAUGUACCGGAGCAAGCCGUCGACGACAUGGAAAUUGACUGGGACGACGACGGCGAAGAAGAAGCAGAAGAGACGAAAGAAGAACUACUUGAUCAGAUCAACAAGAACUGGAACAUCUCAAGCCUAAGGAGUAUAAUGGAGCCGGGGUUCGACGAGAAGAACAAGACAAAGCUCAAAGAUACGUGGCUCUCCGGCAAGACCGAUAUCACAGACGAAGAGUGGGAUACAAACACCCUCCGCCUUUUCCGAGACCUAUCCCGGUUAACACGGAACGACUUCGACGAUGCAAAGUCAAGGCUAGCCAAGACGCUCCGUUAUAGAAAGCACGAUGAGCACGGAAAAAGAACAGGAUCACAGAGGGUCAUAAAAGAGCCCCGGUUGCGCAAUGAUCUCAGGACGGUUAUCUCGGCCUUGCAUACGAAGAAACGGAAAGAACGAGAUGAGAAGGAUGGAGAGUCGGGUAAACCCAAGAAGAAGAAGAAAGCGAAAGCUGAUGAGUCUUCCGACGUGGAUCUCGACGACGACUUGUAUAAGUCGGAAGAAGAGAUUAGCUUCGAGGAGUAUCAGAAGAGGAUGGCAAAGAAGAAGGGCAGCAGCAAGAGACCAGGCGGCAAUAGUGCAAAUCGUUCGAAAUCACGACAAGAUAGUGAAGACGAGUCUAGCUCCGGCCCUGACGAGGUACCCUCAACCGACCCAGGCACGAAGAGAAACGCAGAAGCCGGUGUGAAAGUGAAGAAGAAGCGAGCUCCACCGAAGAAGAAUGCACAGGCAAAAGCCGACGCUGCUGAGGCAGAAGCCGCCGACAACGAAACUCCUGCGAACGAGCCUCCUCCCGUCACCAUAAUACAAAACGAAGAGGAGAGAAACGCCGCACUCGAAUACAUCUACACCACCUGGCGAACCACCUCGCUUUUGCAUGUCCUGCCAGAUGCUCUGCACCCGGUAGAAGCGACCAAAGAUCAAGACCUGGCUUACGAAAUCGUCGCGGCUCUGCGCAAUCUCUCCAAUUUUAUACGUACGCCAGAUGAACUCGCUGCCUUCAGACAAGACCUGGAAGAUCAGGUGGCGGGAGAUGCCACCUUCACUAACGAAGAUAUCGUGGCACACAUUAUGAGAGUCGGCGAGCCUUAUUACCAUGCAGCUCGAGCAGCUGGUGGGCAUGCACGGCACCCGAUAGUUCAGAGCGCUGCUGCCCAGCUGCAGACAGAGGGACCAACUACACGCAGGUCGCCGCGUAACCACAACACUUCCGCAAUCCCUCCAGCGGGUGGUCAGCAAGCUGUUGCUGCUCCAGCCUUAGAUUUAUUAGCAGCAGCAGCGACUGACAGAUCUAGAGCGAUUGCGACGACACCGCAGCCUUCACAGAUAAAGCAACCCCCUGCGGCUAAACCCAACGCUGGGAACGAAGGUACAGCUCAGCCGUCUGAGCAGCGCACCACGCGAGGAGAAGCUGAGUCCGUGAACGCUCGUGGUCAGUCAUCAGGCGCGAACAACACGCAAGGCCAAGUUCAACCUCCGCAACCUCAACCACAGCCUGCUGAGCAGCGACCCUCGCGCCCCACUGCCGCCAUAAGGGACAACGACAUAACAUUCAGAUUGGUAUCAGCUCUAAGCAGAGUGCGCAACUCCGAGGCGGACGUGAGAGUAGCGCAAAUCCAGCGUGACAUCGCUGCUCUCCAAGGACAAUCCGCAUAUGCUCAAGCAAAUGCCUCUCUUGAAGUCGCGUUAAAGGAACGACAACGUGCAGAAGCGGAGAUGGAGGCGAAUAGCUUUCAGGGAAAUAGAGAGGGGAUGCAGAGGCGGAGAGAGGUUGCGAGGCAGCGUGAGGAAGAGCUCCGGCGGAUACGUCGGGGAGAUGCCGUAGACGCGGGAGGAGAUGAAGAGGGAGGAGAAGAUGGAGAGCCGCAUCAAAGAAACAAAAGGCAAAAGACAGGAGAAGGUGGCAAGAGUGGAGACGAAGGAGAUAGGAGUGGUGAAGGCAACGGGGACGGAGGAGGAAAUUAG